UGGACUUCCGGCAUCCGUCGUCCGGAAUUGCGCUCGACGGGGAGACUGGGAUGCGCUGCAGGUACGAAACUAGUUGACUGGCCAGGGUGUUUCACGUGGGAGCAGCAGACGGAGAGGAGAGUGCGCGGUGAUGUAUGGAAAGGAGCCCUGCAGCAUCGACAGUACGAGGGCAUGGGUAAGAUUGGCGAUGUGAGUGCACGUCGAGGUUGUUCGCUUCGCUCCCGACGGCAAGCGCAUGCAGGCAGCAGAAGCCUUGCAGCUGUGGCUCGUGCAAACGGGGACGAUGCCGUGCACCUCGUCGCUCAGAGCGUGGGUUAUACGAGACGUAUAAAUGGAAACUGGAUGGACACCUCGGCCGGAGCGCCGUUUUGGACGGCAACGCUUCGCCACUCGCCGCCUCGUCGCACUCGUCACAUGUGUUUGGACGAAGCAAUUCGACAAGUCGCAAGGACGGACGGAGGAGGCGCGAGCCUAUUAGUCGUACGGGUGAGUGCCAGCGCACCACUCAGCUCGCGCCGCGCAAACACAAACGGGCCAGGGAGGAAGAUUCGUAGAAGCAAGUCGGGACGACAGGCGCGGUAUGUCAGCAAGACGGGCGCGCGCGAUUCGUGGGCACAUCGUUAGUCCCGGGUGGAAGACGUUGGUGACGCCGCGUCGUUUGGGGAGGCCCGAAAAGUAUUUGGCAGGGUCGGGCAGGGCCGUGCCUCCUUUCUUGGGCAAGGGCGAGGGCGGCGAGGGGGAAGGAACGAGGCAGCUCCCGCCCGCCUUCAUCCCACUUCCACGCCCACCUUCGCCAAACCGCCCACCUUCAUCACACCCCUCCUCUUCCUCUCUCUCUCCCCAACACCGCCCCGCCACUCCUUCAUCUUCGCUUGCUUCUA